GGAAAGACAGGAGUGUUAGCUGAGAGUGAGGAGGAAGUGACAACACAGACAUGUCCAAACACAAUGUGACAGAAAACAACAGAUCUUUCACAAGAAACACGAUGAAAACCCGCAGCUCAGGACGAAAAGGAAGAUCAAUGAGACGACGGCAGAGGAAGACGGGCUGGACGAAGGACGAGGGUCAAAGGUCAGAGUUCAGGCAACGCUGGCCUCAGGUAAAGAAUCCAGACCAGGUCAAGGGUCCGUGGACACAGGACGAGGAUGAGAAGGUGGUGGCGCUGGUGCAGAAGUAUGGUGUCAAGCGUUGGUCGCUAAUCGCCAAACACGUGCACAGUCGAAACGGGAAGCAGUGUCGCGAGCGCUGGCACAACCACCUGAACCCAGCUGUGAAGAAGAGCAGCUGGACGAUGGAGGAAGAUCUGAUCAUCUGUCAGGCCCAUGGCAUUCUGGGAAACCGCUGGGCUGAGAUUGCCAAGCUGCUGCCUGGAAGAACUGAUAACUCAGUGAAGAACCACUGGAACUCCACCCUGAAGAGGAAGGUGGAGGAAGAAGGACACCUACAGGCCCUGCACCGCCACAGCGCCUCCUUGGCCACGACUGCCUUUGGAGUCCACCCAGCUGCCAUGGACAUGGCCUUGGUCUCCACCCAGAUGGAGAGCCCGCCCCCCAUCAGAGCUGAGUCCAGUGACCAGAACUUCUGUGCUCACUACGUCUGCCGCUGCCCUGCCUGUGGCCCCGCCCCAUCGUCCAGUUCCAGCCCCUCGCUGAGCUUGUGCGAAUUAAAAGCCUCCAAUGAGGUGGUUGCUUCGGACAGCGGAGGCCACCGCCCAAAGGCAGUGACAUCAUCACAGCAUAACGUUGGCGUGGACCUGAGCCGGGCCGCUGUGACAGAUGAGAAUGAGGGCGGAGUCGUGGAGCCUGUGACCAGAGGGGGCGGGGCUUCCGUGUCCUCCUGCAGCUCCACCAGCCCCAUGGUUCUAAGCUUCUCACCAUCUGAGUUCUUAAACCUGUGUGACCUGGACGACCUGAGGUUGGAGCGUGUGAACAGAGAAAUUGACUCCGCCUACUUGCCCCCCCCACUCCUGGAGUCCCUGGACGGCGUGGACUUCAAAGAGACCUUCAAAGCACUGUGGGCCUCUGCCCCGCAGACCCCCACCCCCCUGAAAAUGAUGGAGGAGGAGCAGGUGGAGCCACUGUUGGAUGAUGUGUCAGUCUGACCCCCGACCUACAGGGGUCACUGUUUAACAGAACACUGAAGAAAACAAUUGGUGACAUGACUGUGUUGCUCAGACUGACUGACUGACUGACUGACUGACUGACUGACUGAUUGAUUGAUUGAUUGAUUGAUUGAUUGAGUCUUCAGAUCCACAUGAAGACAACUUUUUGAAAAGAACUUUGAUGUAUUUUUUUUCAUUGACAUCUUGUGAGGUAUCAAUCCAUCAUUAGAGUUUGUCCCUUGGAGCUCAGGUCAAAGGUCACCAAAUUUGAAAAGAAAAUGGAGAAGGAGGAUGUGACAAACAUAGCUUCAUGUUAGCUUCAGCUGCUAACUCCACAUCAGUAUUUAACUUUAACUAGGUUACUGAGUAAAAGCCCUACGAAAGCCUGGCCUGAGCCUAAUGGUGAUAACCAGUUGAACACCAGUUCUGCCAAUACUUGUUGAUAGUUGGAGUAUUAGCUGCUGCACGUUAGCUUAACAUCAGAGGAAAUAUUGAUUGGGUUUCCUCCUUCCCCCUGUCGGGCAGCGUCAUUAUAUAUUUUCAU